UUGACAUCUUGUAGACAGGGAGUGUCCGUCAUGGCCCCCCUCACCCACGACUUUCCCACCUUCGGGCACUACGCCCACAACCUCAAGGAUGGCCUCCACCAUACCGCCAGCAGGGGUCUCGACGAGCUCGACCAGGCCAUAGAGACCAAGGGCUACGAUUGGCUGGAAGGCUAUAUGGCACAGAUAUUUGAACGUCUGCCUCAAGCACCUAUCGGUGAACUCAUCAAGACUCCCUCCAAGACACAGACUGUCAAGAAGACGCGUGCUGCUAUUGCUGCUGCCAAGGAGAAGACUGAAAAGAUCAAGGGGUUGAAUGCGCGAUUGGCUCUCAGCCCUUCGAACCAGGUCAAUCGUCCUGCCCUGUCUCCUCUGCACCUUGGGGCCAGGUCUAUAAACAUCAACACCUCCCCUUCGCCUUCGCCUGUCAAGUCCAAGCCUGCCAAACCACUUGCCAUCUCCUCCCCUGUCAAAUCCAAGGCCAAGCGAGGCCGUCCCAAGAAGGCCGAUAUCGCCGAUGAUGUCUCCCCCGCUGAUGACGCUGUGAAGGCAAAGGGCGAGGAGAAGCCUUCAGCGGCGUCGAGGAAGGGAAAGAAGACCAUCGCUGAACAAGCCUCGACAUCUUCGAGGUCUGAGAAGACAAAGGACACAAAGUCCAAGUCAUCGCGCUCCAAGAAGGCUGAGAAGCAGCCAGAGCAGGGGCCGGAAGAGGAAGACAUGGAUGUUGAUGAGCAAGCUCCCGAGACAAAGUCUAAAUCUACGCGAUCCAAGAAGGCUGCUGGCAAGCAACCAGAGGUCGAAGAGACUCUUGCUACUGAGCCUCAGGCGCAGGAAAAGGAUGAUCCCGCGCCUCAAGCAUCUCCCGCCAAAUCUACGCGCUCGAAAAGGGCCAAGCAGAUUGAAGUCGUGGAACCCCCCGUCGAAGAUGUCGAGCAAGCCGUCGACGAAGAAUCACUCAUGGCCGGCGAGCCCGACAAAGAGUCAGAGGCUGAUAACGCCCAGGAAGAACCUGCUCCUGCUCCUGUCGUUGCAGAGAAUAUGGAGGUUGAGCCUGAGCCUGUUGCCGAACUUGAAGAAGCGGUCGAGGUUGAGGAACAGGAAGAGACUGCUGCGCCCGCCAUGGAAGAGGUCCAGCAGCAAGUGGAAGAACCCGAUGUUCCUAUGGAUAUUGAGCAGGUGGAAGACGAGCCAGUGGCUGAGGAUGCCGCGCCUGAGGUCGAGCCUGAGGUGACUCGGGAGCCGGUGGAGGAAGAGGCGACAGAACCUAUUGUCGACAAAGCUGCCACACCGCCUAUGGCAAGCAUCCCAGUUGAAGAACCCACUGCUCCUCUCGAUCCGGAGGUGGAUACUCGUGUCGAGCCUGAAAUCGAAACCAACACCGAGGCCGCUUCCGAAGUCAUUUCCGAGCCUGCUCCCACCAACAUCUCCCAAACAUCAUCCACUUCCAACUCUCAACCCGCCCACCGCGUACGUUCGUCCUGGCUCAGCAAAGCCCUCGGGACAGGUGCUCCUCCUUUCGCCCAUACCCACGAGCCAAGCGCUCUGCGCAAGUCGCAUGCUGCCUCCUCGCAGCCUGACCGCGCCAAUAUGGACUUUUCAGGGUUGCGAAAGAGCUUGGCGCCUAUCAGCGGCCUCAAGCGCAAGAGCGACGAGGGUCUUGAUGAUGACGAGGACGAGGAUGAGGAUGAACAUGAAAGACCUGGAAAGGUGGCGAAAGUUUCCGAGGCGCACACCAUUCAUUUCCCCACAACUACCCCUGGGCCAGCCAAGGCUUCGCUAUUCCCUACCAAAACCCCGUCUUCGUUUGGCACCGCCAGUGUCGGGUCCGACCAUCAUUCCCAAGGCAGGCCUGUCCAAGAUGAUUCACAGAGACCCGAAAUCUCUCGAGUCACCAAAGCCCUCGACGAGCUGCGCGAAAAGACUGCCAAGGACCUCGCCAAACAAAAGGCUACUCCUGCUGCUGGUACCGCCGCUCGUGUGCCUCAAGCAAAGAGUACCGGCGCCGGUUUCCUUCGCGGGUUGCUCAACUUUGGCGGUGGCGAUGCCGAGUCUGGUGAAGAUGAAGCCACGCGAAGGGCUCGGGAACUGGAGGAGGAAAAGAUUGCGGAGGAAGAGCUCGAAAAGCUUAUGUGGGCUGCGAGGAAUGGUGUUGACGAGGAUAUGAUCCUCGGGGAGGAAGAGGAAGAGGAGCCUGCGCCUCAGGCGGUGAAGAAGGAGGAACCGAGAUCGACCACGCCUUCAUUCUCUCCCCCUCCCAAACCGACGCUUCGACACUCCAUUCACCCUUCAUACAUGCCGCAACCCGCUGCCCUGCCUGCCGUCGUCGCCCCCGUUUCUGAGCCUUCUGCCGUCCCGACUGCUCAAGCGGGCACCAUGACAGAUCAUGAAGACGAAGAAAUGGUAGAUGAAGAGUCUGUGCUUGAUGAGAUCAUCCCCGACGAGGUCACCGAAUACCAAACGUCCCAUUCCCAAACCUCGAGCCAAGGUCAACACACCAGGUUCUUUUCCCCUGUUCCUGCUUCGACCACCCCUGCCAAGCCGCUGGACAAGGAAGCUCCCGCGCUGCAUGACCGCAAGGAGAAGCACCAGCAUGAACCUUCUGCUGCGGUAUUGAAGGAGCAGAAGGAGAGGGAGGAAAAAGACCGACGGAGGGAAGAGAGAGAGCAGGAGAAGCUUCGGCUGCGUGAAGAGAAAGAACGGGAGAGGGAGAAGAAGGACAAAGGCAAGAGUGUUCAGCAAGCGAUGGAGGUGGAUGAGGAAGAUGUGGCCUCUGCCAAAUCUAACCAUCGAAAGACGCCCUCAGCCUCGCAAGCUUCUCUCUUCACGUCCACUUCAGCGAACACAAACUCCACGCUCAACCAUGCUUCUAUCAUGGCUGCAAAAGCGUUGGGCGUCAAACCUGCCGCUGCGCCUGUGAAGAGUGUACAACAGGCUGCUUCCGCUGCUCAAAAAGAGCAAGCUGCCUCCGUUCGCAAAGCUGCUCUUCGCGAACAGACGGAAAAACGCAAGGAACAGGCGGCCCAGAAGAAGGCUGAGGAAGAGCGCGUCAGGGCCGAGGAGGAACGCAAGGCAAAAGUUGCCGAGCUGGAGGAGAAGCGCAGGAUUAGGGCGGAAGGAGAGAAGAGGAGGAAGGAGAGGGAACUCAAGGCCAAAGAAAAGGCGGCGAAGGAACAGGCUGACGAGGCUGCCAAGGUCAAGCAGGCCGAAGCCGAAGCUGCCAAGAAGAGAAAGCUCGCUGCUGCUCUCAACAAGUCUCAGACCGCCGCCCCCGCCCCUAAACGAGUCGCCGCCCCCAGCCAAUCUCUCGCCAAAGGCAAAGAGCCUUUCCGACCCACCAAAACCACUCUCUCUUCCUCCAUCACCGCCGAUUCCAAGAUGGGUCCAAACGCUUUCCGUACUGCCGACUCUCAGACCCCGUCAUCCACUAUCAAACUUGUGGGCCAGCCCGCGCAACCUCCCGCGCAAAGGGAGAGCCAAGCGGCAACCUGGUCUGCCCCUGAGAGGAAACCCCUUGGUCAACCUUCGAGGCCUUCGCAGAUGGAGGGUCACGGUGUGAAGCAGUCGUUGCUCUACCAAGCCCAUCAUCAGCAACUACAGUCUAUCAACACUCAGCCUCAGGCACCUCCUCAAAAUUGGCAGCAGGUGCAGGCGUCGUUGGACAAGAAGGUCCAGCAGCAGGAUUCAGAAGAUAUUGUUCUGCCCGAUAUUGCUUCCGAGUAUUCUGACCCCGACGAUGAUACCACUCGCGAUUUCAACCGUCCCGACUGGGCCGAGUCUCCCGCGCUCAACAAGGCACUUGCCGCUCAAGCUACAAUCGACCCUGACGAGUACUUUGGUCACAUUGGCCCGCUCAACAUGGAAGAGUUGUUCAAGGCCAGGGCCGGCAAGUUCAGGCCUAGGUCGAGUUCCGCCAACUGGAGCAGGGGCGAUGGGUUGACGCCGAUGGAGAUUAUCGACUAUGCGAAGAGAAUGGGGUACGAGUCUUUGCAGUCUUAUGACGAUGGGCCUGGUCCCAGUGGAUCCUCGUAACUUGUAUAGAGGGGAAAGUGGAGGGCUGUCUUGUAUAUUAAAGUAAUGAGUCGCAUCGCAAAUCACGUAUCUCUUCAUACCCCUAUCAUGAGCUCGUAAUGUCAUUUCUUCGAACCG